UUCAAGAGGAAGAGAAUGGAACAUGCUUGCCAAUUCAGGCAGCGUGAGGAUCCUCAUCAAGGGAGGCAAGGUUGUGAAUGAUGACUGCACCCAUGAGGCCGACGUCUACAUUGAGAAUGGCAUCAUCCAGCAGGUGGGCCGGGAGCUCAUGAUCCCCGGAGGCGCCAAGGUGAUCGAUGCCACUGGGAAGUUGGUGAUCCCCGGAGGCAUCGACACCAGCACCCACUUCCAUCAGACCUUCAUGAACGCUACCUGCGUGGACGACUUCUACCAUGGGACCAAGGCGGCACUAGUUGGAGGCACCACCAUGGUCAUCGGCCACGUCCUGCCCGACAAGGAGACCUCCCUCGUGGAAGCCUACGAGAAGUGCCGGGGUCUGGCCGACCCCAAGGUCUGCUGUGACUACGCCCUGCAUGUGGGGAUCACCUGGUGGGCGCCCAAGGUGAAAGCAGAAAUGGAGACGCUGGUGAGGGAGAAGGGUGUCAACUCAUUCCAGAUGUUCAUGACCUACAAAGACUUGUAUAUGCUUCGGGACAGUGAGCUGUACCAAGUGUUGCACGCGUGCAAGGACAUCGGCGCCAUCCCCCGAGUCCAUGCCGAGAAUGGGGAGCUCGUGGCUGAGGGUGCCAAGGAGGCGCUAGAUUUGGGGAUCACGGGCCCAGAAGGAAUCGAGAUCAGCCGCCCAGAGGAGCUGGAGGCUGAAGCCACUCACCGAGUUAUCACCAUUGCAAACAGGACUCACUGUCCGAUAUACCUGGUCAACGUGUCCAGCAUCUCGGCCGGUGAUGUUAUCGCAGCUGCUAAGAUGCAAGGGAAGGUUGUGCUGGCCGAGACCACCACCGCGCAUGCCACUCUGACAGGCUUACACUACUACCACCAGGACUGGUCCCACGCGGCCGCCUAUGUGACGGUGCCUCCGCUGAGACUGGACACCAACACCUCAACCUACCUCAUGAGCCUGCUAGCCAAUGAUACUCUCAACAUUGUGGCAUCAGAUCACCGGCCCUUCACGACGAAGCAGAAGGCUAUGGGCAAGGAGGACUUCACCAAGAUCCCGCACGGAGUGAGCGGCGUGCAGGACCGCAUGAGCGUCAUCUGGGAAAGAGGCGUGGUUGGAGGAAAGAUGGACGAGAACCGUUUUGUGGCGGUUACCAGUUCCAACGCGGCGAAGAUUCUCAACCUGUACCCCCGCAAGGGCCGCAUCAUCCCUGGAGCCGAUGCCGAUGUGGUGGUGUGGGAUCCAGAAGCCACAAAGACCAUCUCAGCCAGCACCCAGGUACAGGGAGGAGACUUCAACCUGUAUGAGAACAUGCGCUGCCACGGCGUACCGCUGGUCACCAUCAGCCGGGGCCGAGUCGUGUACGAGAACGGCGUCUUCAUGUGCGCCGAGGGCACCGGCAAGUUCUAUCCCCUGAGGUCCUUCCCAGACACUGUCUACAAGAAGCUAGUCCAGAGAGAAAAGACCCUAAAGGUUAGAGGAGUGGACCGUACUCCCUACCUGGGGGACGUAGCUAUCGUUGUACAUCCCGGGAAAAAAGAGAUGGGAACGCCACUUGCAGACACUCCUACUCGUCCAGUUACCCGACACGGGGGCAUGAGGGACCUUCACGAGUCCAGCUUCAGCCUCUCUGGUUCUCAGAUCGAUGACCAUGUUCCAAAGCGAGCUUCGGCUCGGAUCCUCGCUCCCCCCGGAGGCAGGUCAAGCGGCAUUUGGUAAAGGCACUGACCAGCCCCCGACAUGAGGACGCACCGCUGCCACCAGCCCGCACACCCUCCGGCCGCAGCUGCAGGGGGCAGGAGAGGCUGGGCUGGGCGGCGCACCACCUGAGGGGGCCACGGACCCGGGGAGCCCUCCCCAUGUCCGACACGUGAUUCACUGUGCUUCGAGCCCACCCUAACAGGCACUUUGAGAUGUGUUCCUCCCACUGCAGUCCUUUCCUGCCUUGGCCUCGGCAGGCUUUUGGGGGCCCAGGAAACCCACACUAUGCACAGAGCCCAAUGCAUAGAGCCCGGCCCAGCCCCUCCUCUCACACCCGCCUCCAUGUGCUGGCUUUGGGAAAGCCCAGACUUGAGUGCCCUGCCCCCUGGCUGACCUGCCAGCUGUCCGGAGCACUUUAGCAGAUGUGUUUUAGAGGAAAAGGACCCCCUCCCCUCAAGGAGGCCCCGUGAUCGCUUUUCCCCAGUCAGACAGGUGUCGGCUUCCCGGCCAUGCCCAGGGCGUCCUGUUUUUCCUGACUCCACGCUGGCCCCUGUGUGGAUGAGACCCAGAAAGGUUUGGCCUUCUGACCCCAGAAGUGUCCAUGACGACUCUUAAGAACAUGGCUGCCCACCGCAGCUGCGAAAAGGAGGAGGGGUGACGUCUCUCAUAGACCCCACCUGAGAAUUGAACCAGCCGGAAGACCGACUCCCUUGGUAGGCAUUCUGCUUUGUUUUGCACAGAUAGAUAGAUUUUUCUUGUAAACAAACUAAAGCGUCUUCACUGCUUGAGCCAGAACUAGUUCAAUGUUGGGGGCUUGCCGUGUGGGUUGCGCUGCCCCCACAUCCUCAUUUCUCCCUUCAUGCUCAUCCUCCUCACUCAGGAGCUGAGAGGACAGACACGGUACCCCAGGGAGCGGAGGCAACAAAGGCACUCACGGAGGGUGGCAGCCACGGGGACAGUGGGUAGGGAUCUGGGCCUAGGAAACCGUGACCCUGACCCCUCGGUACAGUGCACAUCGCCAUCUUUAUCCGUUUCAGCCCUUUGCUGGGUCACGGGCCUUGGGAAGAUGCCAAAGAGCCGAGCAGUGGUGGUAGCCAGCGGACAGUGUCCCUGCUUGGGCCAGGAAAGCUUUACCUUCUCUGAGUGCCUCUGCCCGAGAGAUGCGUGGUCUGUGGCUCUAGGAGACCACACCUCGGAGUGGUCCACCGUAGGCCUUCCACUUCAUCUAUACCCCCCCCCCAUCUUACAUAGACCCCACCCUUGCCCAGGAGCUUCUAGAUGAAAAUCAGAAGGAGGUUCAAGGGACCCCAUGAGCGGUCAGCCCCCGCCACCUGCUCCUGGCCCCUGUGCGGAGCUCCAUCGGCAGCCCCGCCGCCCCUGGUUGGAAUGAGAAGGGUCUCUGGUUGCACGGAAUGCAGCUCUCAAACUGGUCUUGUACUUGCUGAAUAAAUACUGUUGUUCUUGCCUUAGCUGCUCUCUAGGUUUGUGGGAAUAAGUUACCCGAAAAUUGUGCUACUGUGUGUGCGUGUGCGUGUGUGUGUGCGUAGUGCUAGGAGUCCACAGUAGGUCUCUGUCAAAGCCAAUGCCGUGAUGAGGGCUUUUCCAAUACUGACCCGGAGACCACACAGAACCCCGCGAAAACCCAGCCCCCCCUCCAGCUGCCCGGGCGGCAGGCACGGCCUGGGGUCGGGAUGGAGCCUCCAGCACCCAAGUGACUUCUCACUCCUCUGUAAACGUCAUGGUGCUAAGAUCGUGUCAACCCCAAGAUGACACACGGUCCUGUGCUUUCGCCACCUGUUUGAGGCAAAAACAAAACGGCCCGACACAUUGUGUUCUGGUGCAGGUUUGUAUUAAACUGUAGCUACUUCUCA